GCCAACUUGAUAGUAGUGGCUCGCUUGACUCGCGCGGUUCUAGCCAGUUUCGGGCAUCCAACAUGGCUGGUCGAGGUGGUUACGUAGAAUUGAGAGAUUUUUCAGGUGGACAUCGUAUGGGCAAAAAACCACUGCCUACAUCGCCACCUUACAUCGCAUAUGUCGGAAAUUUACCGAAUGGAAUUGUUCAAGGAGAUGUAGAUAACAUCUUUUCAAAACAACAUGUUAAAGGCAUUCGAUUGGUCAAGGAUCGCGAUACUGAUAGGUUUAAAGGAUUUUGUUAUGUUGAGUUUGAAGACCUGUCCGAUUUGGAGGCUGCGCUGGAGAUGGAUGGCGUUGUCGUGGUAGAAAAUAACUAUAUCAAAAUAGAUGUAGCCGACAGCAAAAGAAACGAUCGAGGAGGAGGGUUCGAUAGGAGAGGGCGAGGACCUAGUGGUAGCGGCAGCAGUGGAGGUGGUUACAGAGGUAGAGAUGGUGGAGGACCUCGAAAUGAUCGCUAUGGCGGAGAUGAUUAUGGAGGUUUUAAUGACAGAGGGCCAAGAGAUAGACAAGGAAGUAGUUUCGGAGAUAAUCGAGGACCACGGGGUGGUGGUUUUGGGAAUUUUAACGAUGAUGGUGGUCGUGAAUGGUCCCGAGGUGGUGCUCCCGGUGGAGCCGGUGGUCCCAGUGGCCCCAGUGGUCCCGGUGGUCCCGGUGGUCCCGGGGGUGCCGGUCCCAGAGCAUACGGUAACAGACCAGGUCCAGGUCCACGUGGUGGACCUCCAGGGUCUGAGCGUAAAUUGAACGAUGAACCAUACCUUAAAGAACCACCCCCAGACACCACGGGAAGGAAGAGGCUGGUGCUGGCACCAAGAACGGUUCAACGUCCCCUGAAUGCAAUCGAUGAGUCGAGCAAGUCGAGCUCAAUUUAUGGUGGUGCAAAGCCUCGAGAAGAGAACGUGAAAACUGUCGAAGACAAGUAAACACCAUAAUUAGUUUUUAUUUCCCCAUAUAUCAGGGGACAAUUUCCCUCGAGAAAGAAUGAAUUGUCUUGCAAGAAAUGAAAAAAUGGUUAGAUCCUGCAGCUAUCCCAAACUUUUGGAAGUUGCAAAAAGGGCCCCAGAAAAUCUUUAAAAUUUACGUCAACUCCUCAUGGGAGAGUCUUCCCUUGCGGAAAGUGAUAAUUAUAAGAGUAACCCUGUGCCGAAGUUUGCAACCAUUUGGUUUGGUGUUUGGUAUUUAACGUAUGAAAUUCGCCACUCCGCCACCUUUCCUUCGUCUCUUCAUCGAUACAACUAUAAGUGUGCACCAUUCUCAAAAAGUUCCACUACAAAUUAGACAGUUUGUACCUAAAGAACGUGUAUGAACAAUGUAUGUCGAGCGGAGUUGGGCAAUUUUUUAUUCGAAAUUACGGUAGGAAAAUAAACUACAAAUAAUCCAUAAUCAGAUGAUUAUUCGUUAUUUCAGUUAUUCAUGGCAUUCGUCGUUCGUAUUACUCCCAAAUGUUUUUACAAGGCAUUUUAGCUCUAAACGCUACGAAAAACUUUCAUAACGCGCUCUUGGGAUAUAUUCUCUGUCUAAUAUUAUAACUAUUUUCACUAUUUAAGGUAUUAACUUAAAUUAUAAUUUAUAAUACAGUUUAUGUCGAUCGUAUAGAAAUUUCAUAUGGAUAAAUUAUUGACGAGAUGUACAUGAAGUAUUAAACGCUACUAUCUAUUUAUAUUUAGCUUAAUCAUUUAGGGUGUUACGAAAACGAAUGAAUGAUUUCCCCGGAUAACGAGUGACUUAAAUUAUGCCCAACUCUUGUGUCGAGUACUUAGAAUAUUUGUGUAAAUCAUGGCUAUUUAGAUGAUGCUACCCACACGUACAUGUUGAUAUUCAUGCCCAUUCGUGUCGGCUUUAUGUCUAUCCGUAAUAAUGUGCAGAGAGAGCAAGUGAGAAUGAGUGUGAGAAAGAGAGAGAAUACGUGUACAAAUUAUCGAAAGGCAAGAGUACCGUUAUUUGGUGCGCGUGUACGGUUACACUCACGAAUCACCGUAACCGCUCGGUACGUACUCGGGCGUGACAUUUCUUUGGAAAAAGAGUACAAAGAGGAGCUGAACCCCCUUCCCUCUAACUCCACCAACUCGCCCCGUGCUCGAUCCUCCUACAGAACUUUUUACGUUUGUUUCAUAACGCUAAUGUAUCGUGAACGAUUGUUUAUUUAAGCUAACUGGGACAAUUGUUCAGGCGUACCUGACCUACCUUGAAUAAUUGCCCCCUAGGAUUGUUUAUCGGUGUGUCUAACGAUAAGCAAUUCGUAAGCAAAGAAGCAGAGGUUCAAAGAUUUUUACAUCAUCGAGUGGUAUGAAAGAAUUAUUAUACAUUAAUUACUACCAAGUAAUGUAUCAUUUAACUAUGCUAAUGGUUUGAGCGUCUGCCGACAUCCACGAUCGGUGACCAAGAGAUGAUAGCGAAGAAAAUGGAAAACCUUGGAGUAACAAUGAAUACUAUGUAAAACUACGCUUGUAUAUGAUAACAUUUCCUGAAUAAAGUAGAUGUUUGCCUCGUA